AUGGUCACGGAAAGUUUGAGCAAUAAUAACGCCGCGAGAAAUCCAGCGACGCCGUCGAAGAAAUCCACCCCGUCUUCGGCUGGGAAAUUGCCCACCCCAGGAGGAGGAGGAGGAGGAGGAGACGUCGCGACGAAGACAUUAGUGACGACGACGGAUCAACAACAACAACAACAAGAACAACCAGUGGUAAAGAAGAAAAGAGGUCGCCCGGUUGGGUGGCGGAAAGCGGACCAUUCGAACAAGUAUAAGAGCAUGCGAGAGGCGGCGGGGAACGCUCGGAAAGCGUUGGGCGGCGGCGGUAGAGGAGGAGCGCAGCACAAGCGGUACUACUCGGACGAGGAGGACGAGUACGAUUCCGACGAUUAUAACAACGACGGGGAAGCGUUCAAUAAGUACAACACGAAAGGCAGCGACGACGAAGGAAACGAUAGAAAACGAGGACGUCCGUCUUCCUCGCAAAAAGUAAAGAAACAACCGGCGCCGGGGAAGAGAGGCGUGGGCCGACCGAGGAAAACCCAAAACUACGACGAGGAUGAUGAUUACCACCAAGGCAUGCAACAAGCGCAAAUGGCUUUAGACAGAAACAAGCACCAGCAACGGAAAACGGAGCAAGCGUUCGAUCGAGCCGAGAGUCGAAAAUUUCUAAUGUUGCAAGAACGGUACGAGUCUUUGCAAAGAAAAUACGACGAUUUGAAAAAGAAAAAAGUGGACGAAGUCGCCAUGGCGGCGACGAAGAUGCAAGAGGCGAUGAAGGAGAAACAAAGGGCGCAGGAGACUUUAAUAUCGGAUUUACGAAGAGACCGAGAUUUCUUCCAAAAAGAAGCCGGUCGCACGCACGAACUCGCCGAAGAAAAAGGGAACAUGAAAGUUGAGAUUUUCAAAUUGCAAGAAGAGCUCGUCCAAAAAGGCACGGACAUGCUCGCCGUUCAAAAAGCCAACCGAAAACUUCGCGACGAUUUAAAAGUCGCUCUGACAUCGACUGACGCCAGGAAUAGCUUCGGCCCGCCGCAAUUCGAAUCCAUCUCCGGUCUUCGCUGGCGAAAACUCGGCGAAGACCAAAACAACAAGCACGAGUUCAAACACGUCCUCACCGGAUUCGCGUUCACCAUCGAAGCCGGCGCGGACCCGAAAACUCACGCCAUCACCGGCGAAGACCCGCUCAACGUCUCCAUAUUCCCCGACCAAGUGAGCACGAUGUGUUCGUACACCCCGGUCAAUUUUGGCAUCCUCCCGGUCGAGCGAAUCGAGGAAAUGUUGAAAGACGAGAUGGAGUUUAGCACGAAGCACCUCGCGCACUUCUUCACGAAGGUUUUAGAUUUUUUAAUGACCGUCUGCCAAGAGCUCGGAUUUGUCCCUCCAGACGACGACGACCAAGACGACGACGACGGAGAAGACGAGGAAGAAGACGACGACGACGGAGAAGAACGAGCGCCCGAAGGCGCGCCUGAAGGCGAAGAGGAGGAGGUUGUAAAGUAA